GGCACUCUGCCCAGAGAGGAUAGCCGAACGGUAUCUCCAAGGGAAAUGGACCGCGAGAAAGAAGAGAUCAAGUUCAUGAGUUACAACGUUUGGUCCCGCGAGGACGUUAAGGUCUACGGAAGGAUGAAGGUCAUCGGUGGACUCGUCCAAGAUCAUUCACCGGAUGUAAUCUUCUUCCAGGAAAUCACGCCGUACAUCCACUCCAUUUUCGAGAGCUUUCCAUGGUGGAAGGACUACCACUGCUCCCCAGUGCCCCCGGAGGAGGAGAAGCCUCACUUCUGCUUGAUGCUGAGCAGGCUCCCUCUUGAGAACUACGCGUGCCCGAACUUCAGCAAAACGACGACAGGCAAAGGCUACCUGGAGGCUGACAUCAAUCCCGAACCAACGGCAACGAAGAAGCCGAUACGCAUCGCCACGACGCAGCUGGCGCGCCCCGUCCCGCCAGCAACGAUGCACUUCAGGGAGCGGUACGCGCAGGCGGAGCACGCCGUCUCGGCGCUGAGCGGCGCCGCGGCGAACGUCGUCUUCGGCGGCGACAUGAGCUGGGACGACGACGCCGACUUGCCGUUCCCUCUACCCGCAGGCUGGUUCGACGCUUCUGCCUCCAACGGGAGGAAGCAAGAUUGGACCUACGAUGGGUUCUGGAACGAGAAGGCCUGGGAGUUCAACGGCUACAUAGCUUCUGCUCCGUGGAUGCAGACGCGGUCGGACCGGUUCGUGUGCAAGCUGCGGGACUACACGCUGAAAUCGUUCCAGCUCGUCGGUGCCGAAAGCAUUGGGACGCGGUAUUGUGUCAAGAAGCACACGUCGUACGACCCCGGCGCCGUUGAUCUGAUGCCAAGUUGCCACCGCGGGCUGGUUCUGACCAUCGUUCCCAAAUGACUGAGAGUGUGAGUGUGCGAGAACCGGAAGCAGAGCCGGCUGAUCCCGUUGAGCGUGUGCAGGGGGGAGAAGAUAAUGAGGAAGACUAUCAGGUGUUGCAAUGCCCUGAAUGAUGGAAUUUAUCUCGUCACAGCCCAUGAUGGAAUUUACCUACAGUUUCAUCUGUUUGAUGAUGUCCGUGAUUCUCAAUCCUUUUCUGGCGCUUUGCCUCCUUGUUUACACCUGACUGUUGGCGUUUGCACAGUUAUGAAAUCAGAAUCAAUAAAACAGAAACCGGUCUGGAGGAAAUUCCAGUUAACUUUCGGAUCGAUGAUGUCCGCCGUUAACAGUGGGUCAAAACCUUCUACCCGAAGCGAAGCGUUUGCUGGAGGAAAUUCCAGUUCUGGAAGUUGGGGAGAGAAUAAUAUUUAUUGAUGCUUAUCUAACAAAGAAUCACUAAACAUACAUCCGCUGCAUUCUCGUCUAACAUGUCAUCUAAAAAAAUGUUACAGCUACCAUGUCCUGUUUAUGUCCAUAAGUUUGAAUUUGUCAUGAUAACUACCAUCACGCUCAACAGAAACCGGAAGACCAACAAAAACCCUUCCC